GGGGGGGCGGGGCUGCGAAACUUUUCCUCCUCCUCCUCCUCUCUCUUUCUCUCCGUCUUUCUUUUCUUCCUCGGAGGAUGCGGAGCGUCGUGAGGUGACAGGAAUCAGGGAGGAGGGGAAGGGGGCGAAAGUUUCUAGCCCCCGCCAGGAGUAGGUUGGCCGUGAGGGGAAAAGGGGGGAAACGGGAAUUCGGCUUCCCCUUUCCGAAUGGUGCUCCUCCUCAUGACUGACCUCCAGCACGACGGGGCGGCCGCCGCUAAAAAGGAAAAAGCUGCCUUGACCCAUUCAGAAAGUGAAAAUGGGACAGAAGAAAAAAAGAAGAGCGGGAAACCAUAUCCUGGGCUGUCACAGACAUCACCAAGUGAUCUUGAAUGUUUUGAAGACCAGAAGAAGGUUGUAACUUCACGGUCAAAGACAAUAGUGGAUAAUACCUUCUUGGCAACAGAUGGCAAGAACGUCUCAAAGCCCGAAAGGAAGAAGAGUGCCUCAAAUCAGUUUAAGGCAAAUGCUCACUUUCACAAGCUGUUUCUGGAUGUCCCAAUUGAUGAACCCUUGAGAAAAAAUUUUACCUGUGCGUUACAAAAAGAAAUCUUGUAUCAAGGGAAGCUAUUCAUAUCGGAGAACUGGAUUUGCUUCCAUUCUAAGGUCUUUGGCAAAGACACUAAGAUUAGUAUACCUGUGUUGUCAGUGACACUGAUAAAGAAAACUAAGACAGCCCUUCUAGUGCCAAAUGCCCUGGUUAUAACAACAGUCUCUGAUAGGUACAUGUUCGUGUCCUUUCUGUCCAGAGACACUGCUUACAAACUAUUAAAAUCAGUUUGUCAACAUCUAGAGGAUGUUAGUGUUGGCAACAGUCCCAGUCUUCCUUCUCCAGAAAAUAGCUUCCGGGCAAAUCGCCCGACAACUUUACCACUGGAUUUCAAUGAAGAUUUUUCUGAAUUGGAUGGCAUCAUCCAACAGCGCAGACAAGAGAUGGAAGAAUCCAGCAGCACUGGUUCUCAAACUCCAGAACUGGAAGCCUUCCAAGAUUACCAUGUUGUUGAGACCCAGACUCAUCUGAAAACCUCCAGGGUGGAGUCAAAGGCUGUCCAUACAGAUGUUAAGGCUAAAUAUUUGUGUGAUGAUAAAAUCAGGAAUCUUCCAAGAAAUGCGCCUCCUCCUAGAAUCCUUGGAGUCCUUUACAGAGUGAAUUACCAGAAGUUUUUGACUGUGAACCACAUACUUAUUCUCUAUGCAAUUCUUGUUUGUGUACUCAUUUUCUCGACUUUCUACAUGAGAUAUAAAAUCUACAUUCUGGAAGAGCAGCUGGGCACCAUGGCUUCUUAUGUGGAUUCACAUCCCCAUGCAUAUCCAAUAAAAGAAGGUCUAGGAUCUCAACUGCCUCUUAACAUUCUUGGUCUCUCUGAGGAGCUAACAGCUAAUCUUAUCAAACUGGAAAAGAUCCAAAGCAAUUUACAAAAGCUACUUGAAGAUGGCGAAUGAGUUGCCAGCUACCUUCAUUCGUACUUCGUUUCCUUCCUGAUAAGCAACUCUAAAUGUGACAUCAGACUCUGCUGGCCAGGGUGUUAUGUCCUUCAACUGACUCCAAAAACUUCACUCUCCACUUGACCGUGGAAGUUUGAAUCUGUGCAAUAAAGUGUCUCUAUUCAGAGGAUGAUGCCUUUCUAUUACCUAUAACGUUGUGAAUAACUGGGAAGACUGAUCUUGGUGCUUUGUUAUAUUACUUAAAUCCACAGUAAUUCUACUUCCUUUGUGUGACUUUCAGACUUAAUAUUGUGUGACUAAGAGUAAUGCUUGGUGCGGAUGUAACAUUUGCUGUACAAUCAUGUCUGGAAAGUUAUCUGUCUUUCACAUGCAUGUAUUGCCCAGCUUGUUUCACUUUUCUUUUUUUGCCGAAACAGAAAUUGGGCACGUGACCAAUGUGUUAAGCAGCAGGACCCAAUGGGCUUCAUUCUGCAAGGUGCUGAGCAAAGCACCUUUCCCACUUUGCUCAUGUUCUUCACCAGUAGGAGGUGACACAUUCCGUGCAGACUUGCCAAAUGGCCCUAUUCUGCAUGCCAUUCUGCUGUCAAAGAAAUGUAGCAAUGAGUAAAGUUUUUCUGGAAGAGCGUCCAUUGCUAAUGGGCCACCCCACAAGUCAGAAUGUUCUUGAAGGCUCAUUAGCAAGGCUAAUUGAAAAGCUGACAACCCUAGUUGCAUAGGGUUGGUCCAGAUGAUGGAUGGGUGCGUUAAACUUGGUCUGGGCCUAACCCAUAAAUUUUACUGGAGCAGAAAUAUACCAGCAGAGUUUAGCCCAUUUAACUAGUCUGCAGAUACCUAAAUUAAUAAUUGCUUUCAUGUACUUAAUUUCUGUAUCAGGAUAUCUGAUACCUAAUUACCGUAUUUAUUUUUGAAAAUGCACUUGAAGUACUCCAAAGGAAGGGUUUUUAUAAAAAAAUUAAAAUCAUAUUGACUCUAGGUACAUGUGUUACUAGGUUUGAGGAUUGCAAUCUGUCAUUCAAUUGUGUUGCUUUCAUUCACUCUGUUGAAAGAAUGGCUAGCUAGUGAUUACAAAUUCUCAAAGAUUAUGUGAUGGUAUAUAAAUUCAAUUAUUCUUAAUAAUAAUAAUGGUAACUCCAUGGUAUUUUGAUCUACAAUGGAACCAUUAUUUUUAGUCCUGUGUUGGCAAUUUCUCCUGCAUUUAUUCCAACCAUUUCCCAUCAGUGUGAAAAGAAAUUGCAUUAGGACAUUUCCAAAUGGAUGAAUUCUACAGAAAUUUUCAAGUACCCUAAGAAUAGGACAGAAAAAUGGAAGCUUCUUUUACAUAGGAAACAAAUUUUUGAGAAACUGAAGGACAAAUAGCAACACUUUUUGCCACUAGAAUAUCCAUAGCCCAUAUUCUGCCGCAUACUACUGUCUUCACAGUGCCUUACCAGUGAAAAACCUGGUAAUUCAUUAGUUUUAGCCAGAUGAGUUGGUUCAUAUUAAUAUUAUUUAAAAUAACUCAGAUCUAUAAAAUACAGUGUUUUCUUUACAUAGUAGAGAGACUACCUUAUCAUUUCUGUGAAAUGUAACUUAUUCAUUUUUUUAAAAUAAACUUUCUAAAACUGC